UAUCAUAGCAACAGGUUCAAACAACAGUGGAAAAGAUGGCGACGCAAAGGGAGGAGGAUGCUGCUGUUUACCUGGAGAAACACAAAAUCAUCGAACUUAUGGACAACCUGACCAGCAUGCUCUUCUUUUACAGACCUGAGAAACCCAGAGAUUUUCUCAUUGAACAACUGGAGCAGCUAAAGCUCUGUCAACAGAGUGGCAUGAAGGGGCCAAAUCUGUUCAGCGACUCUAACCUGGAUGUGAUCUUUGGGAUACUGGACCCUGAUAAUAAAAAAUACAUCACUUUUGCCCAGUACAAGCAAGCUUUGACAAUGCUGGGCAUAAAAGACAUCAAUGAAUGUCCUGAUGGUGUAAAUGAUGAUAGAAUAUCCCUCGAGACGUUCAGAAUAGAAGCGACACGAGGUCUGGAGAGAUGCUCAGCAACAUAUGCACAACUGUGAAGUGUGAUGUUUUAUUGACAAUUCCAUUUUCAUUCAAGUUUUCUGCCAUUAUUUUUUACAACAUUGAUGUUUGCACGUUAUAGCAGAAUUUCUUCUGAAAAGAAAAUUAGCACUACUGAUUGGUACAUGACACUGCACUGUCUACAUCAUUCUGGUUUCUGCUUUUGUUAUGUUAAAACAAAAACAAAAAAAUAGAAAUAUGUCCUUUUGUCCGGGUUUGAACGGUUUAGUUUAAAAGUUUGAAUGGUUUAAGUUUAUGUUGGUAUCUUCCA